AUCGAUUUCAAGAUAAAAACUGUCGAACUGAGAGGCAAAAAAAUAAAAUUACAGAUAUGGGACACUGCUGGUCAAGAGCGUUUCCACACUAUCACAACUUCUUACUACCGAGGAGCUAUGGGUAUAAUGCUCGUUUAUGACAUAACUAAUGAAAAAACAUUUGAGAAUAUUGUCAAGUGGCUCAGAAAUAUUGAUGAACAUGCUAAUGAGGAUGUAGAAAAAAUGAUAUUGGGCAAUAAAAGUGAUGUGGAAGACCGGCGUGUUGUCAGCACAGAAAAAGGAGAAGCAAUUGCCAGAGAGCAUGGAAUCAGAUUUAUGGAAACCUCAGCAAAGGCAAACAUAAAUAUUGACCGUGCGUUCAGUGAAUUGGCAGAAGCUAUCUUGGACAAAACACACGGGAAAGAACCUCAAGAUGCUCCUGAUCGCGUGACAGUCGAUCGCAGGGUAGAAAGAAGUUCGAAUCGGUGCUGCUAA